AUGUUAGCCAGCAGGGCUUGCCUGAGGGCAACUUUGAGUCCGGCAAAGGUUCAGCUACGGCCACAAAGACUGGGUGCACCGGUCUACCUACAAGCAGCAUGGCAUGCGAGACGAGUGUUUGCGAGUACGCCUCGGCAUCGGAAAGACGAUGCGAGGGCAAGGACCGCGGAAAAGGAGAUACAGGCGAAGCAGCCAGCGGCGGAGAGCGUACAGCCGGAAGGUGUGCAGAAAGCGAAGCCUGCUGAGCCGACGGCGAAGAAUGGAUCGUUACUGUCAGAGCAAACAGUCUCAAACGCAGCUCAGAGGAAGAUGGACUGGGCUAUCAUGAAGGACAUGGUGCAGUAUCUUUGGCCUAAGAACGACUUCAACACACGCUUCAGGGUCAGCUUGAGUCUAGGGCUGUUGAUCGGUGCGAAGGUUCUCAAUGUACAAGUACCUUUCUACUUCAAAGACAUUGUCGACUCGAUGAACAUCGACUUUGCAGCUACGGGCGGCACAGCAAUGACAGUAGCUGGCGCAGCUAUAUUUGCAUAUGGUGCCACGAGAAUAGGAGCUACGCUCGCUCAAGAACUCCGGAAUGCUCUAUUCGCAUCAGUCUCGCAGAAAGCUAUUCGUCGGGUCGCCGGCAAUGUCUUCAAGCACCUCCUCAAGCUCGAUCUGAACUUCCACCUGUCUCGUCAGACGGGUGGACUGACGCGAGCCAUCGAUCGUGGUACGAAGGGAAUAAGCUUCCUCUUGACAUCGAUGAUCUUCCACAUCAUUCCGACCGCGCUUGAGAUUGGACUGGUCUCCGGUGUCCUGACCUAUCAAUAUGGGUGGAAGUUUGCCGCUCUAACAGUUGGAACCAUGACGGCUUACUCCUGGUUCACGAUCGCCACGACAGCCUGGCGCACAAAGUUCCGGAAGCAAGCCAACGCUGCUGAUAACAAAGGUGCAACAGUUGCAGUGGACAGUCUGAUCAACUACGAAGCCGUAAAGUACUUCAACAACGAAGCAUACGAAGCGAAGCGAUAUGACGGUGCGCUGAAGAAUUACGAGACUUCCAGCAUCAAAGUUGCAACGUCGCUUGCUUACCUCAACAUUGGUCAGAAUCUCAUCUUCUCGACUGCAUUGACAGGAAUGAUGUACAUGGCUGCGCAGGGCGUUGCGACAGGAAGCUUGACAGUCGGCGACCUCGUUAUGGUCAAUCAGCUCGUCUUCCAGCUCAGUGUGCCGCUGAACUUCCUUGGAAGCGUCUACCGCGAGCUGCGCCAGAGUUUGCUCGACAUGGAGACCUUGUUCAAUCUGCAGAAGGAAGAUGUGGCCAUCAAAGAGCGUAAGGAUGCGAAGCAGCUGCUUCUCAACAAAGGCGGAGAGAUCAAAUUUGAGAACGUCACAUUUGGCUACCGGACUGAUCGUCCCAUCGUCAAGAACUUGAACUUGACAAUCCCAGCCGGCAAGAAGGUGGCCAUUGUCGGGCCCAGCGGCUGUGGCAAGUCGACGAUUCUCCGACUUCUCUUCCGCUUCUACGAUGUUCAAGAAGGCCGCAUCCUGGUUGAUGGGCAAGACAUUCGUGAUGUCACAUUGGAGAGCCUUCGCAAGGCGAUUGGUGUGGUACCACAGGACACACCACUUUUCAACGACACCAUCGAGCACAACAUCCGCUACGGAAACAUCAAUGCCAGCUCUGAAGAAGUGACAGCAGCCGCCCAACGCGCCAGGAUUCACGAAACCAUACAGACCCUACCAGACGGCUACAAGACGAUGGUCGGAGAGCGUGGAAUGAUGAUCUCCGGAGGCGAGAAACAACGUCUUGCGAUCAGCCGACUGAUCCUCAAGGAUCCACCACUGCUGUUCUUCGAUGAAGCAACGAGUGCAUUGGAUACUUACACCGAACAGAGGUUGCUCGGUGAGAUCAACUCGAUUCUGAAAGACAAGCAUAGAACUAGCGUCUUCAUUGCGCAUCGCUUGAGGACUAUCUUGGAUGCGGACAUCAUCAUUGUGUUGAAGGAUGGCAGUGUGGCCGAACAAGGAACACACGAGAAGCUAGUGGAUAGUGGAGGCAUCUAUGGGGAGCUUUGGAGCGCACAAGAGAUGGCGUUUGUGGAGGAUCAAGAUACGGUUGAUGGCGAGAAGGAGAAGAAGCGGUAG